AUGGCCGUCCUCAAAUACGUCAACAAGCUCCAAGGCCACCGAGUCCUGCUCCUCGGCGGCUCUUCCGGCGUAGGCUUCUGCGUUGCCGAAGCGGCCCUCGAACACGGAGCCCAAGUCGUCAUCAGCAGCUCCAACCAGUCCAGGCUGGACAAGGCCGUCUCUCGCCUCAAGGAGCACAUCAAGGCGGCCAACCUCGGAGACGCGGACAAGCUGGUAUCUGCCAAGACGUGCGACCUCGGAAACCCCGCCACCAUUGAAGAAAACGUUGUACAGCUCUUGGAAUUCGCUACCAAGGAUGGGAAGCUCGACCAUGUGGUCCACACGGCUGGCGAUGCUCUAAACGUCGGCGGUCUUGCCGACAUAACCAUUGAGAAAAUCAACGCCAUUUUUCAAGUCCGAAACAACGCCGCCAUCAUCCUCGCAAAGUACUUGAGCAAGUACGUCAACCAGGGGGUGAAAAGCUCAUACAUCCUGACUGGCGGGACAAUCACCUGGCGUCCGCUGCCCAACUGGUCCGUCGUGGCCGCCGUCGGAGGCGCCACCGAAGCCCUUUCGCGGGGUCUUGCGGUCGAUCUGCGGCCGGUGAGAUGCAACUGUGUGGUGCUCGGCGCCGUUGAAACGGAGCUGCUCGACUCGGUUCCAGCGGACCAGAGGAAGGCAUUGCUGGACAGCUUCAGGAAGGACUCCAUCACGGGCACGGUUGCUUCGCCUCAAGAAGUAGCGGAGGCGUAUGUCUAUUUGAUGAAGGAUUCUUACGCCACGGGGGCGGUUGUUGAGACUACUGGAGGUCGUCUUGUUGGCGAUUCCAAGACUUGGGUGCCGAGUUAA